GUGGGUUGUACCACAGACUGACCAUUCGUGCAAAGUGAAAGCAUGUCCGACUAAAUACGGGAAAAUAAUUAUUCGCGAUAACGGAUUAAAUCAUUAGAAAUCCGAUACAUAUUAUAUAUACGUAGCCUGUAUAAAAUACUGAGAGCGACAAUAUAAGGUUGUCACUGAUUUUUUUUUAACCGUCUUUAUUUUCGACAAUGGCAUCACGCUCUCCAUCGUCUUCCCCUGAUUCUGCCACAGGCUCAGGUACCGACCCAGCUCGGCCUGAUACAGGAGAUCCUCUCGGCGGAGGAUCGGACUCCGACUCAGAUCUAGGACUAGGGAAAUUCGACUGCGGUGCAGGUGACCCUGGUCAUCGACUGGAAGGGGAGGAAUUGGAACACGAAUUUGAGGCAGCAGCAGACCGUCUUCGAGAUCUACUUCAGACGGCCAGUAGGGAACAACUGUUGUACCUGUAUGCUAGGUAUAAACAGGUCAAGGUUGGAAAGUGCAAUACAGCAAAGCCUGGGUUUUUCGAUUUUGAAGGUCAAAGAAAAUGGACAGCAUGGAAGCAGCUUGAGGACAUGAGCGCAGAACAGGCCAUGCAGGAGUAUGUUUCGUGCGUAACUUCACUAGACCCAGACAGCAGUCAGAAGGAGAGAAGAGAGCGUAGGACAGGAUUUGGAGGCCCAACAGUCAGUUCCCUCUACCAAGAAGAAAUGAUCAGGGAAGAAGACAAGAACAUAUUUGACUACUGCAGAGAGAACAACAUAGAACACAUUACCACGGCUAUCAGUUCCAAGGAAGUGGAUGUCAACGCAAAAGAUGAAGAGGGCAGAAAUUUGCUCCACUGGGCCUGUGACAGAGGACACAAAUACCUGGUGUCUGUGUUACUGCAAAACAGCGCUGACAUCAACAGCCAGGAUGAUGAGGGCCAGACAGCACUACACUAUGCGUCUGCGUGUGAGUUUGCUGACAUAGUGGAGCUGCUUCUACAGGCUGGGGCAGACCCUUCCGUUAAGGACCAGGAGGGCUCUCUGCCCGAGGAGGUCACUGAAUCCAGCACCAUAUCCUCACUGCUGCGCCAGUACACUGCCUCCAAUGGCUAGGCCCAGCUUCGCCAUCCCCUCCCCUCCCUCUCCUCCCCCUCUAGCCUGUGCCCACCCCAGACCUAGCAUCCAACCCUCUCAGUAAUGAUGAUGAUGAUGUUAUGUUUUUUAUUGUCAUAUACACCGGAUAGGUGCAAUGGUCUUCCCACUCUGACAGUGCAACACACCACAACGUCAUCUCUCAUGUCACAUUCCAAGGAAUCCAUCCAUCAUCAUUGCUAUUUAAAAAAUGAAUAAGUUCAACCAAAAAGAGGAUCCUUCAGUUCCUUCUGACUUUUUCAGAUGUUGUGUGUUACCUUUGGUUGUCUUGUGUUUGCUGAUUAAAAAUCUUUAAAAGACA